AUGCCCUUCACAAGAGAAAGGGUCUACGACCCCGAAAUCGCCCAAACCUACACUACAACCUCCUCAGACCAAGACCAUCCCCUCAACUCCAAAGAAAUCGCCAUUCACAGUUCAUCUCUCCAAGAAGGGAGUACCUGGUAUGCCAAAGCUCAUCGCUAUACUAGUCGUUUCGGCGUCGAGUCCCGCGGUAUUGAACGCGUUCCAAGCGAUGAGCGCAGUACUGCUGGUAUGAGCCAGAUAGGCACAUUAUGGCUAUCGGCCAACUUGGUUGUGUCGUCUUUUGCACUUGGGGCAUUGAGCUAUCCGGUUUUUCAUCUUGGAUUUGUGGAUACGGUGCUGAUUAUUCUGUUUGUGAACUUGCUGGGGGUGGUACCAGUUGCGUUUUUCUCAAUGUUUGGACCGAGGUUUGGGUUGAGACAGAUGGUUUUGAGUAGGUUUUAUUUUGGAUGGUAUGGGGUUAAGAUUAUUGCAAUCUUCAACUGUCUUGCAUGUAUUGGCUGGUCUGCCGUAAAUGUUAUAGUCGGGGCGCAACUUUUCAACGCUGUGAACCCACGCAUGCCAGGUUGGGCAGGCAUAAUAGUCAUCGCAGCAGCUACCUUCAUUGUAACCCUCUUUGGCUACAAAAUCGUCCACACUUAUGAACGCUACUCCUGGAUCCCCUGUCUCAUAAUCUUCCUCAUUGUGCUUGGAGAAUUUGCCCAUAGUGGUAACUUCAUCAACACUCCCAUGAGCGUGGGUAAAUCCGAAACAGGAGCCUGUCUUUCCUUCGCAGCGAGUAUCUUUGGAUUUGCCACGGGCUGGACAAGCUACGCCGCAGAUUACACCGUAUAUCAACCUGUCAACCGCAGUCGGAAAUCUAUCUUCCUCUGGACAUUCGCCGGCUUGAUAUUUCCCCUCCUAUUCACCGAAAUCUUGGGCGCAGCUGUCGCUACAGCUAUGGCUGGCAACGGAGGAGACAACGUCUUCAUGAGCAAGUACACCAAUUCAGGUAUCGGAGGACUUCUCUCUUCAGUUCUCAUCCCCCCACUUGGCAAGUUCGGACAAUUUUGUAUCGUCAUCCUCGCUCUCUCCAUCAUCGCCAACAACUGUCCGAACAUCUAUUCCGUGUCUCUCUCCCUGCAAGUGCUUUCCUCAGCCACCGCACGCGUACCACGUUUCGUGUGGACCUUCAUCGGAACACUCAUCUAUUGCGCAAUUGCCAUUCCGGGGUACGGAAAUUUCGAAGCGGUGCUGGAGAAUUUCAUGCUCGUGAUCGCUUACUGGCUAGCGAUAUAUGAGGGAAUCGCACUCUCGGAACAUGUUUUCUUUAAAAAGGGAUUCCAGGGAUAUAGACCCGAGAAUUACAUGGAUGCGAGUCGGUUGCCGCCGGGCAUAGCUGCCAUGGUGGCCUUUCUUUUGGGGGUUAUGGGCGCGGUGUUGGGUAUGGCGCAGGUGUGGUUCACGGGGCCGAUUGGGAAACUUUGUGGUGCGGAGUAUGGAGGAGAUGUCGGAUUUGAGCUGGCUUUUGCGUUUUCGGCAUUAUCGUAUUGUGGGUUGAGGUGGUUGGAGAUUAGGAGGUUUGGUAGGUAG